AUGCCAAUACAAUCCCGUUCUACAAAAGACGAGAAAACACAGAAACUCAAUCGAAGCCACUCAGGUUGCAAGUCGUGUCGCAGGAGAGGCAAGCGAUGCGAUGAAACAAAACCAUCCUGCCUAGCUUGUACGAGGUUGUCGUUAGAAUGUAGCUAUGGCCUCGAUAUCAACUUUCGAAACGUCACGCGAGCGCAUUUCCAGAAGCAUGGAAAAGCUCAAAUCCCUUCUAGUCAACCUGCAGCCAUGAUCAGCUUGUCAGACACAAAAUAUAACGUGACUAGAUUUAAUGAUCUCGGCGGGCCUUCAAGCCCUACAUUUCCAGCCACUCUAGAUUCUGGAGAUAGCAUUGAAGCCAAUUACUUCAACCAUUUCCAGAGCCAUGUUCGCCGCCUCUUACCCGCCGCAUCUCUACGGUUUACAUCGGGGAUCCCCCAAUCACUAUGUUUGCGACUUUCUACACUUUGUCUUGCAGCAUCAAAUCUCUCGAUGCUUGAUUCUCGAGUUCAGAGCCGUAUACAUGCUGGGGAUAGCCGAACAUCCCUCUUCAGUCCUUGCGUGAACUACUCGCAUCACUACCGUGCCCAGAAAUACCAUGACCUAACACUUUGGCAUCUUCGUACUAUAAAGGCCGAUGAGUUGAAACGUCACUCCCCUGAACUCCUUGUCUCUCUUGUUCUCCUCGCCUAUUACAACCAUGCAUCUACAGAUCAUUACAAAUUUCGACUAGCAGUGUGGGAUUCCGUUCGCUUCGUUUUACUUAAUAAAGAGAGUAUAAUAGAUUCACCAGACGGGCCAGAUUCACUACAACUGUGGUACCGGCUUUGCAUGUCUCACCGGCCUGCGAAGCCGCCCGCGCUGCUGCUUGAAGGAGAAGGACUCAGUUCCUUUAGCCCGAAUCUGCUUUCAGCUACAACUAAUCACAUAUACCUCAAGUGUAUUCUGGGAAUGAGUGUGGAUGACCUCAUUUACGAUAUUCUUAUAAAAACAUUGGAAAUUCGGACGAAGUUGGUGGUUUACCGUUGCGUUGCAGGGAGUUGCCAGAUAUCCGACCUAUCAGUUGAGAUAGGUACCGUAGCUCAUGGAGUCCUGAGCAAGCUACUUGGGAGGAAUUCCAUACCAGAUGAGUACUACGAGGCUCGUGACAGCUAUGUGAGAGGUUCUCACUUAUUGGGCUUAUUGGACGUUCAAAAAGAGAGACUAAAAGUCUGGACGGCCAGAAUUAGUAAAGACCAGUUACCUAUGAUAUGCCACAGUUUUUCGACCCAUCAGGACACUAUGAACGCUUUAUAUUGUAUGCUUUGCGAGAUUGCAUUUGAAGAAGCCAAGAUACAUGACUUCUCAGUUGACCAUGAUGAAUACUCUCCUACCCGCAUUGAAAACUAUGCAUGGAAGGCGUGCCAAAUUGCCAGCACUGUGGAUUUGACUCUGUCAACUACGUCAGAUGUGUACACGCUCAGUCUCACGGAGAUAUUGCUUCAACUUGUACUACUGUGGCGAUCGGACACAAUUUUUCACUACAUCCUCGGUGUUCUAUGGCAACAGAUUGAGAACAAUGGAAAGGGAUAUGAACACUCCCACUACCCCACGCAUCUCGUUAAGCGGAUCAUUACCCAAAUGGAAAUAUAUUGGGAGAAAGAUCGAGCAGUGACUUUUGCUAUCCCAGCAGUUCCAGAAACUAUAUCGAAAGUGAAACUAUUAGACAUUAAACAUCCCAUAGAUCUGGUAGUUGGCGGGUACAACAGGGAUGGCCAGCAUUUUGUUGAGAAGAUACCACUGCCAUAG